AUGAAUGAUCAUUAUAUUUCAAAAACACACAUUUCUAAGUUAGAUCAUAAACUAUUAGAAGUAAGAGAAAGGGCCUUGAAGAAUAUUCUCUCAAAGAUUCAAAUUGGAUUGCCUUAUGAUAACGUUUAUGCCCGGCAACAAGAAAUUUUAACCAAAUGCUUUAAUUUAUUUGAAUUUGAUGAUUGUUCCAUGAAGAAUUUUAUUUUGGAAUUAAUUGGAACUACUUUAAAGAGUGAAACUGGUCAAUUAUUAAUUAAUCAUUUUGGCUCAAAAGAAAUAAUAAAAAGUCUUCUUAACGUUCGUGUACAUGUAAAUGGUUGUCUUGUGAAUGAAGUUGAUGAGCUAAUAAAAUAUGUAGAAAAUAAAAAUCAAAGUGUAAAAGCUUUGGUUCCACCUCUGGUGUCAGAAAUUCCCUUAAGUUAUCGAUCUGAUUGUGAAGCUGUUUCAAAAGUUGGGUCCACAGCUACUUCAAUUAACAUUUUUGUGCAUAAUUCACCAGAAAAUGAACAACAAUCUCCAUUAUCUCAAAGCUCAAAUCUAUUAAAUUGUGAUUUGUUUUAUUGCGUUCAACCAUUAGUGGAAACUGACACGCACAUUUUGGAAUCGGUUGAAGCGUCUUUAAAGAGCGGCGAUGAAGACGAACUCUCACGAACUUGCUAUUUUUUUAUGGAUAUCCUAAUUCGUGACUUUUCCCCACAAGUUUUUCUUCAAUUACGGACCAUUUUAAAGGAACUCGAAAAUAUUUUUAUUUCGAAUGAUUCGUCCGAAAUCAAAUUAAUUGUAGCCAAGUUAACUUUGGUGUUUAAGAAACAAAUUUUUGAGAAGGCUGAGCAAGAAUUAAAAAAUGAAUGUGCUUGUGAUAAAAAUACUGUAAUUAUUUAUUGUUUACAAAAUUUGCAAUGGUCUUUGGAAGAGUUCUUAUCAGUUAAUGGUUUAGGAUCGAAUUUAAUACAUUCUGAAAAGCUACAUCUUUAUAUGGUGUUAUUACAAUUAAUCUAUGAUCUUGUUCAUAUUACAAAUCAGUUUUUUCAAGCUAAUAAAAAACUAUUGAAUCUAUUAAAUAAGACUUUAAAUAAAUUUGCUCAAGUUAUUUGUAAGAUUUCAUUAAGUAUAAUUUGUGCAGAUUAUAAUCAGCAGCUUUACAUAAUUUAUAUAAGUUUAAUUAUAACGUUUUUAAACAUUUCAAAAUUGUUACUGCCUUCAAAUUCUAAUUUAUAUUUUGGACCUGUAAAAGAGGUUUUAAUCACGAUAGCUUCUGAUGUUACUAUUAUGCUUUUUUAUCCACAAAUUUAUGAUGAAGUGUUAGAAUAUGCGCAGCUUAUAAAACUCGAAAAUUUAAACAACUACCUUUCUCUAAAAGAUAUUUACGCCAGUUUUUUGACAGCGGUAAAACUUUUAAGAACCAAAACUAAUGAGGCGUGCGAUAUUAAAGAAUUUAAUAUGGAUGAUAUAAAAUUGGCUUUGAAAACUUGGACUUUCUAUAAAGAUAUGCGAAUUGCGAAUAUAUUUUUGGAGAAUACUGUUCAAGAUGAUGAUUUUAAUGAAAUGUUAUGUAGUUUAUUAGCUCAUAAAGAUAUUGGUCUAAAAUUAAAAAUGUAUAAAAUGCUGUUGGAUAAGUUCACUAAAACAAUGGGUCCAAAUAUGUGCAUCAAAUCUACAAUAUUAAAAAAUAGUAACAUCGAAUUUUUAUUAAAUUGUAAAAUUUUCAACAAAAUAAUUUUGGAGGGGUUAUCUUCACUGGAUAAUGACGUUCGUCAAACUGCCGAAAAUAUUUUACUCAUCGUAUUCAAAUCUUCAACGGUAGUAUCAGAAAGUAUUUGGCGAAAAGUUCUCGAAAUAAUUUUGUUGACGUUUCCGGCUUUAGCGUGUUUUGCAAAGGAUACGUCAUCAUUAGGUCAAUUAGUUCUGGAUAUUGUUGAUCCAGAUCGAGGACAAUCUAUGGGAAUGACAUUAGAUUCUAUAUUCAAAUCCAACUUAUCAUUGCUCUUCAGUCGUCACGCUUCUGUUAGGAAUGAGGCAAUUUCAAGAUUAUGUUGGUUAUUAUCCAUUCAACUGGAUCACAAUAAAUUAUUACCGCGACUUAAUUAUGUUUCAAAUAAAUUACAUAAUGUAUGUUUUGCUAAAUAUCAAGUUGACGUAAACCAUUUACCAGCAUAUACAAAAACUUAUCAUCAGCAAGGAGUAUUAGAAAAACUUUUAAAAUUAUUAUACACCGCAAAUUUGGAACCACUAAUUAAAAGAUCAACAUUAACUCAACUUGCAGUUAUAAUAGAAGACUAUGCGUUACAUAAAGAAUUCUUAGAAUUAGAUGGAAUUCAAAAAAUGGUUGCGUUACUUAAGGAUUCUCUUCUAGAAAAAAAUUACGAAACAUACCCGGAUUGUGCGUUAUCUCUAAUAACUAUUUUAAAAUAUUUAGCUUUAUAUAAUUCAUCAGUACGACAAAAUUUAGGAUGUGAUGAAAUUGUGUAUUAUAUAUUUAGAGCAAUGUUAUUAUAUCGUACAGACGAUCGUCUUCUCCACGAUGGAAGUACCUUAAUAUUUUGUUUACUAUACAAUAAUUAUUUAAAGGGAAGUGUUAUCCAAGCAAAUUUAUCUCUACCGAAUAUUAUACUUCAAAAUUUACAAGUUCCAUUCAGUUGUGUAACGUUUCAAAAUAAUUCUGACGAUUUUUCUGAUUUUAAUAUUUGGACCAAAAACGACAACGAAAAACAGUUUUCUUUAAAAUUAAUGUGGAACUUUGCGUGGUUCAACAAUAAAACAAAUAUUAUGGAUUGGAACAUUUCUAACGAUUUUAAUUUGGAUUUGUGUUUAUCUGAAAAAGAAUUGAAGCGUGUUCAAAAUUCUUCGCUGGAAUUUUGUUUCAGAAAAUGCCUGAAUGCUAUUCAAAGCGAUUAUUAUAACGAAUUUGUGAAGUUAAUUGGAAUUUUACAUUUAUAUCGAAUACUAACACCGAAAUAUGCAACAAACAUCGAUUUUUUUUCAUCACCUUCAACGAUGAUAUUAGAAAGAUUGUUUUAUUCAGCGUGUCCAAAUGAAGACGAAUUAAGAAUUAUGAUGGAAUGUUUAGCAUUACUUAUUCCGUUAAAUAAUAACAACUUAGCAAUUUACGAUUGUUUGCUUCAAAACCAAUUAAUGUUUACACAAGGAGAAAAAAAUGGUCUCGACGUGGAAUUCUUCAGGUUAAUCACAACUUGUAUGAAACACAAUAAAAAUUCCUAUUAUAACGGAUUCGAAGUGGUAAAUUUAAUUUCCGAAUGCCUAAGUUGCGAUGUACAAGGCUUUUAUAAUUUGGCUUUAUUAGAUUCAAUGUUAACAUGUUUAACUCAAAUAACAUUAAAUCCAGGAUGGUCACAGUUAAGUGAUAACCGAGAUACAAAGCUAUUUAAUAUUUGUUAUAAUCUAGGCGAAUUAAUUGCAACUUUUAAUACUGGAAAAGGCGAGAACGCCUCGGAAUCCGUGAUGGGUUCUGCGAUAAUAAAAAACGCCAUUUUAUCAUUAUGCCACAUUUUACACGAAAUGAUUAGUUGGAAUAUUGAAAAUUGGGAGUAUUACUUUAUUGAAAAAGAAUCUGGAAUCAAUCGAAACUUAGUAAAUUUGUUUUUAUUAUUUGAAAGUAAAGACGUAACCAUACGAGCGGGUGUAUUUCAAUUAUUCACUGGAUUAUUUCUUUCUAUUGAUUGCAUUAAUGAAUUAACUGAAAAUUUACACUAUAAUUUACGAGAAUUGUUAUUUUCGAUUUUGAUUGAUAAAUAUGAAAGCGUUUUGGUUAAAGAACAUGUUGCUAACGCUUUAUAUAAUUAUAUAUCUACGUUGUUUCGGUUCAAGAUUGACAUGUUAUUGGAAAUUCCUAACAUUUUAAUAAGUAUUAACUUUUUUUCUGCACUGACUUCAAUGUUGGAUUUAUGUGUAUCGAACGAAUCAACUGUUAGAACACCAAUUAUUGCAGUUGGGUGUUUGAAAUCAUUAUUGUGUUUAAUUGGAAAGCUGUUUCAGGUAUUUUCAACAAGUUUGAACAAUCAUUUUAAUGAUAUACGGCUACUGAAAUUGUUUUUAAGAUUAUUAAUCGUACCAAACACUCAAAAACUAUCAACAACCAGAGAUUUGGAGCAUUAUCGGUAUGUCAUAGAACUAGAUAUUGCUGUUUGUAACUUUUUGAUUCAACUUUACGAAACAAAUGGACUUCAAAUUCAAAUAAAUACGCAAGAGGUUAUUUUCUCGGUUAGAUCUUUCUUAAACAAAAAUUUGUAUUUUAACGAGUUGAAAGAUUUUAUAUAUCUUCGUAACAAAUUGUGGACAAAAAUUUUCCAAUUAUUGACAAUUAUAUAUUAUGUCUCUCAUAAAGAAUCACAAGAACAUAAUCAAUUUGAGAUGAUUAAGAAUGUAAUUAAUCAAGAUUAUUUAGAAACUUUAUGUAUUUCUUUAAGCGAUAUUAAAUCUAAAGACCUGUUAGAAUGGGCGUUAAAAAAUUUGAUUACACUGAUUGAUUUACAAGAUAUAAUGGUUUCAAAUGAAUUGAUAUCCAAAUUAUUUAAUUUAUUGCAUAAUAUGACUCAAAAUAACUCCAGUUCAAAAAAGAAAACAAAAGAGCUGCUUUUAAAUGUUAUAACUGGAUUAAUGAGUGUUUCAAAUGUAGCUAAGAUUUGUGGUUUAAAAGCUGGUUGUGUUUCUCUCGUAAUGAAGUUAAUGAAGAAAAUUGAACUCAAGUUAAGUCUCGAGGAUGUUGGAUCACUUAGAAAAACCGGGAAGAAAAAACAAAUAAUUGAAAGUUUAACGGAAUUUUCAAUUUAUUUACACCUCUUAAAUAAUUUAUCAACGGAUUAUGACGAUGCUAAAACACUUAUAAUUAAACUAGGAUUUGUUAGCUUAAUACAUAAAAAUUGGAAUUGGAUAUCUGCAAGUACUGAUUUGUUAAGCGAUACUCUAAAAACGAUAUGCACCUUAACAUCUCAAUAUGAAACUGCAUGCAAUGAAUUAGCUCUAUCAAAUUUCACAUCAAAAAAACUUUCUAGCACAAAUACGCUUAUUAACUUAAUUAUUAACGUUAUUUUACGCGAAAUGGAAUUUAUUAGCAAAACACAUAAUUUGGCCAUUUUAAAAUACUCUUUUCAGAUAUUACACAAUUCAUGUUCUUCCGACGACUGCAGAACUAUAAUAGCGAAAACUAACUUAUUGGCUUUUUCAUCAAAGUUACAUCCUUCAAUGACGAAACAUCAAAAAUCGUGGAAACAAGUCCAGUUGUUUUGGUUGGAAUUUCUAAAUAUCUAUUCAUCCUAUCCGGAAGGACAAACAGUAAUCCACCGAUUUCCAGAACUACUACAAAUAUUGAUCACAAUUUCUGAAAGUAAUGCGGAGAAUAGAAUCUUAUCUAUAAAAAUCUUAAGAAACUUUUCGUUUUGUUCGUCAAACAAACCGCGAUUGUUGGCAUGUGUUGAAUUUCUGGGAUUAAUAAGUAAAUUAUUAAUAUCGCUUGAAAACAAAGAAGAAUUUCAUAUUGCUCUUGUAAUUUUAUGGACACUCUCUGCAAAUAACCAGAAAGCAAAAGUUAUUUUGAAAUGCGCUGGUUUGGAUGGAAAGUUAAAAACAGCUUUAGAAUCCGCUGAAAUUUUUGUACGAUCUGGUGAUAUGGACGAAAAAGAUCUUGAGGAGAUACGUCAUGUUUUACAAAUAUUGCGAAAUAAUGAUAAUUGAUGUAGGUGUCAUGUAGACGUUGUUAUAAUUAACUUAAUAAAUUUGAUCUACAAUUUUUAUUAAA